AUGGUAGAGUAUAAUUCCCUCACCGGAGCUAACGACCUGUUCUCAACAAAUCCAAAGGUUCGGGUGCCAGGAGCAAUUUACAUUAAAAAUUACAUUAGUGAGGACGAAGAGGAGAAAAUCUUACAAUUAAUCGACUCCAAGAAGUGGUGUCAUGAAAUUUGUCGUCGUACUCAAAUGUAUGGCUACACUUAUUAUCACACUCGACACAACAUUCCCACAAUGCAACCUAAAGUAGAGUCAGAAUCAGAGUAUCAUCAUUUAGAUCUGAAAGAAUUUGAUUGGCUCAUUGAUCGGAUGGUUCAUCGAGAUGGUUUGUACAAGUUUGACCUCGGUAAUCCAACCCAGUGCUUGGUGAAUGAGUAUGUAGGCACACAAGGAAUUUCAAGCCAUGUUGACAAUCCUGGACCUUUUGGAGACAUUAUCACACUCAUCUCUUUAAACAAACCAAUUUACAUGGUUUUGAAAUUGGUAGAAAAUGAAAAUAUCCAAACAAAAAUUCUUCUUGAACCCAGAAGUCUGUUUGUGAUGAAAGAUGACAGCAGAUUCAAGUGGAAACAUGGAAUUACUCACAUGAAGCAAGUGUACAUUCCCAGUACUGGAGAAACAUUAAUUCGAGAUGAGACAUAUCGUCGAAUAAGCUUAACAUUCAGGUACAUUAAAACUGAUGGCACCAAGAAAGUCACAAGUGAAGAUCCCAACACGGAUGCCUUGUGGUAA